UGCGGAACCAGUGGAACYGGUCAGUGUGCACCAUGCUGCGCUGCCUGCUGCUGCUCGCCCUGCUGCUGGGGGCUGCCCUCCCAAAGCCUGUGCCCCAGAGGUGACGGUACUUCCCUCCUCCUACUCCUCUUCCUCCCUGCCCUGGUACCUGCAGGUACCCCAGGGCCCCUGACAUGGACUGGCACUUGUGGCCAGCCUGGGCAAGCGCUCUAUGACCAUGCCUCAUUCCUGGCCCUGGCUCUCCKCUGUAGCUACUCAGUUCCUGAGGAUUUCUCUGCUCCCCUGGAGCUUCCACAGAAGCACUUUGGCCUGGUGGAUGAUUAUGGCAUCAAACCUAAGCAGCCUCACUUCAAAACACGUGUGGCCUCGGAGCGGCCGCUGGAGCUGCGCAGAGCUGGCAAAAGCAAGCGCGACGGGCUGGACUUGCUGGAGUAUUACGACGAUGUGCGCCUGUGAGCCAGCGUGGCCCCGUGCCCACCACAGCCCAGCAGCUGCUGUGUCAUCAUACUACAAGAGACUGACUCUGCCACUGCAAUUAAAAGUCACCCCAGAU